CUACAUUUUCAUAUAAUGUGUUCUUAGAAAGUUACACGCUGUAAUUUGGAACAAGAAUAUUGAGGCUAUUUUGUCUUUACGAGCUCGUUGAAAGAACUUUCCGAUUAGUCCCAUUCCUACUGUCUUACUUGGGCAGUUUUAAAAUGUUUCUUUCUCAACUCACUCUUUCAAUCUGCAUCCACCACUCCUUCAGGCAGCGCAUUCCCGAUCAUAACAUCUCCGUCGGAGGAGCCCGAACACUACGUGACUGGCAGAUGCUGAGUUUUUAAAUCUCCCAUUGGCCGCUGCAGUCGGUAUACGUGCGGCAAUUCAGGGGAACUUUAAUUCUCAACAGAAAUUGGGAAAGUCUCACGUCGGACGCGGUUCCUGGCAUGGGGAGGGUAACCGGCCACUGUCAGAAGGGUCAGAUUCUCACCACAGGCGCUAUCAGGGCAGUUCCAAAAAAGUUUCAGUUUAGUCAUUUUUCUCUUUUCGCUUGCUUUAGCUGUGGGGAGUUCCACAAAUGCUUCUCCCGCACACCACUAUGUCAAACAAUUCAAGCAACUUCCUGCUGGUUCCCAUUCCGGAGGUCCCGGUGGUCGACUGUCUGCAUAACAAAAAUGUGAAGAUUGCGGUGCUGGGAGCAAGGAGCGUUGGAAAGACCGGAGCUUUAUACACCAGACAAAUGAACAUCGAUGGGGAUCAAAUUACACUGCAAGUUCAAGACACUCCCUUCAUUACUCAGGGAGAUGGAGAUGAUCCUCGGAGUCAAGAAGUCAUAACUCGAUCCCUCCACUGGGCAGAUGGUUUUGUUUUGGUCUUUUCGCUUACAGACACAGACAGCUGGAAAACUCUCCGCCCACUCCAUCAGCAAAUCAGGAAAAUCUAUCCCAACAUCCGACUUCCAUUUGUGUUGAUAGGAAACAAAGCUGAUUUACCUCACGCACGGCAAGUUGAAACAACUGAAGGGAUUCAGUUGGCAAAUGAGAUGGGAGGAGCUUACUAUGAAGUUUCUGCCAGAGAAAAUUGUAAUGAGGUCUAUGAUGCUUUCCAUCAAGUCUGCCAAGAAGUUAGUAAAAUAAUGGGAAGCAGCAAUGGAGAGAAGAGAAGAGGUCUGCUUUUAGCUAGGCCCAAAUCACCAAACAUGCAAGAUUUUGGAAGGCGCUUGAAACAAGCUCUAUCAUCUAAAGUAAAAUCUACUAGUGCUAAUUAACAGCACUUUUUUGCACAGGUUGCAAGGUUCAUAUCCAUUGUAUUUCCAGUUUACAUGAGGGAUGAACGGAAAGUAUCUUCUGAGGACAUCAAUCAAGUGAAUACUUGAAGAUAUUUUAAAGAUUAGCAUAUGCAAAUUGUAACUUACUUGUAAUUUUCAGUUUCCUUCUCCAUGUAUGCCAUGUGACAAAAUUUUAACUGCUGAAUGUUUGUUAUUAUGUGUAUACAUAAUGAAGAACUUCAGUUCCCAGUGUGCAAUGCGGGCGGUUCACCCGGAACUGUAAGUGAUAUUGGUCAGCUGGUUAUGCGCGCUCAGUGUGAAGCUAGAAGCCACAUACUGCUUUAUGGAAUCUUGGUGUUGCUGCUUCAUCUGGUUAAAUUCUCCCUUUCGUGCCUUUGAGUUUACCAAUACCCUUCUCAAACACUUUCUUAUUAGCAUUAAGCAGCUGUGACAAUCUUUGGGCUGGGCUGCAGUUGCCUGUUGAUGACACAUUGAGAGCCUUAAUUGUGUGCCAAUCUAGUUGGAGUUUUCUCAACCAUUCAAGCCUUCCUCUUUUCAACAUAUAAAUCCCUAACUGCUGUGUUUUGCCUCUGUAUGUCACAUUCACUUUCAGUUUGCCUUUGGGAGACACUUUCUCACCUGAUAGGUCAUUAGCAUCACCAAGCUUAGAAAACAUUCUGUUGUAGUCAAAGGUGACCCUGUAUCCAGCUUCAUUUUAUGAUUUUGCAAACUGCUUCAGUAUCGCCAUAUAGUUCUAGGCAUGACAGUUCCCCUAUGUCAGACUCUGUGUUGUGUGCUUCAGUUUCACAUGCAGUCACUUUCUGCAUUUGUUUAGUUUUGUGUUUGAAACUUUUCACUCUGUGUGAUUUUUCUCUUUGGUUGUGCAUUUUGUCUGACUUAUACACUCUCUCUAUGUGGCCUUGCCUGUGACACUUUCUGCAAACCUUUCCUUUGAACCAACAGUCAUUUGCAUCAUGGAUGGAUUUGCCACAUUGGUAACAAUUUUGGCUUUUUGCACCAUUCAGGGACAUUUUGUGAAUUUCACAUUCUAAACCUCUUUUUCUGUAAUUCUGACUUGUCCUUUGCUGCUGUCUCUAAUGAUAUGACAAUGGUCAAUGUCCAUUCUAAGGUUAAGUCACUUUCUGACAGUAGAUUCUUCUGAGUGCUUUGAUUAUGCAUGCCACAUACAAGCCUGUCCCUUAAUGCAUCAGAAAGUGAAUCUCCAAACUCACAGUAUUGGGAAAAUUUGUACAGUUCUGCAAUGUAUUCAGAAAUGUUUUCAUCCUUUGGUUCCUUUUGUGAAAUCUAAAUCUCUCCGCAAUUGGUAGUGGUUUUGAACUCAAGUGGUUAUGCAAAAUGGCAACAAUUUCAUCGAACGUCUUGCUUGCUGGCUUUUCAAGAGUUACUAAGUUGCGUAAGAAAUUGUAUGUUCUAGCACCCAUUAAACUAUGAAUUGUGGAGAGUUUCUUUACCUCAACCACAUCAUUAGCAUUACAAUACAGUUCAACCCUCUCGAUAUACUAUUCCCAGUCCUUAUUAGCACUAUCAAGUUCAUCAAUUUUCCCAACUAACUUUGCUUUGCUUGUUGUGCAUCUCUCACUGUGUACUGUGCACCAUUAUUUUUGUGCCCUUUUCUAGCAUUCGUGACCACCUUCUCCCUCGCCGUACUGGUUCAGUUCACUCUUUCCUCUCGCUACCUUUCUCCCUUCCUCCGAGUUCUGUCGUCGCAUAACUGACAGUGUAGUUGGUGAUGUCCGUUGACAUUCAGGUUUGUACUCAUCGACAAUUUGUUGUGUCUGUACAAUUUCAUAUUAAAUAAGUAAAGGCACGCACUCAGAGACCAAGUUGAUGUGUAUAUUCACUUAGCAGAGAGAGCACCAGAUCAAUGUGGAUGUGUAAGUUAUCAGUCAAUAAUUAGUGCUGAGAAGAGUCAUUGCAUUAAAAGAAAUAGAUCCAUACAGCGGUGAUGGGCAAAUUACAGUGGGUCCAGGAUCUUACUGAAAUAGGAGAUGAUUCUAGCCAUGACCAAACGCUCAAAGCAUUCAUCGCCAUAGACCUGAGUGCUGCUAGACGAUAGUCACUGAGUGAGUGGCUCAAAGAUGUGAAAAUUUGUUUUGGUGGAUCAGCCAGUUUAAAAGAUCCAUCAAAUUCAUUUAAAUUGAACAGCUCUCAAGUCAUGUAAUGACGAUUCUGACACUGAUUGCUGGCAAACUUGUAGCAAUCUCCAUAACCCAGCUUAUUCUUCCUGCAUGUGCACUGCUUGUUGGCACACCAAACUCUGCAGGAAGACCCUGAAUGUGCUUUUCUUUUCUGAGAUGUCCUCCUUUUUUUGGCUUAUCAGCAGAGUUGACUCUGAAGUAGAAUCAGGUUGACUAUAACCAACAUAUGUUAUGAUACUUCACUUUGCAGCUGCAGUACAAUACAUGAUAAAUAUAGAAAAAUAACUGAAUUACAGUAAGUAUACAUAUAUAUUCUUACUGUAUAAAUUACAGUAGUGCAAAAACAGAAAUAAAUAAAAAAAAAGAGGUUCUGUUCAUGGGUUCAACGUCCAUUUCGAAAUCAGAUGGCAAUGGGGAAGAAGCUGUUCUUGAAUAGCAGUGUGUGUGCCUUCAGGCUUCUAUACCUCCCUGAUGGUAGCAAUGAGAAGAGGGCAUGUCCUUGUUGGUGGAAUCCUUAAUGAUGGACACUGCCUUCCUGAAGCACUGCUCCUUGAAGAUUGUGGAAAAGAAAGUGCAACCAACAUUAGGUCUGACUGCAUGUGAAAGGCUCAACCUGGUGGGAAGAGUUUUCAUAGUAGCUUCACAGACCAAAGGUGACCAGGCGUCACUCAUGGAAGAGUACGUCUUUGAGGGGCUCAGGUGCUUUCCUGAUGUAACUCGAGAAGCUCAUAACAUCCAUGAAAACUCCAGGGAGGUUAAACAAGAGAGCAUGAGAGUCCCAGAGUGGCUAUGCAAGAGAAGCAUAAGAAAUCCACCUUCCAUAGACAUCUGUAUCAUCUACACCAGUGAUUGUCAGCACGCCCAGUGCUGAACAGAGUGAUCAGGAUAAAGACGUUGCCAGUCUUGCUUCCACAUUAUGCAACCUUGGUUCAAAAUCUGUCUGUCAUCCACUUCCAGUUAAGGACUGGAAAUCAAAAUUAUCUCCACAAUCCUCAGCUCCGUUAUGAGGCAUGUGGAGCAAAUUAUGUCCAUGUAGCAAGAACAAAUACAGAGAUGAACAGAUAGGAUCUUGGAAGCAGGUGUGAAAAGUAAACUUGUUGACCAGACUUUUCAGAAAGACUCUAAUAUUAACACAGCAAAGGAAAGCAAUACAUCUGUGGAGACAAAAAGAUCAUCGAAACACCUCAUAGACCAGGCAUGGGCAAACUACGGCCCGGGUGCCACAUGCGGCCCGUUAAGCUUUUUAAUCCGGCCCGCAGAACUUGAUGAAAUUAUAUUAAUAAACCUUGUUAACGUUUUUUCACCGCAAUUCUGGCGUUUUCCCAAUAGAUGAUGCACUCUAUAUACAUUUGUGGCGACCCAUUUCCUGGCACAUCCGAACCGGCUCACAUUUAGCCAGCGUUCCAGCUAAGGGAGAUAGCCUGUGGGGAUUUGCGAGCACAGAGCUUUGGAGCCUCUGCGCCACGGGGGGCAGGUUGAGGGAGGCUUAAAAGUGAGGCUGGGGAUUUCGAAUAAAGUUUUUUUCUUUGACUGCA